UUAAUUCAAGAGUCAAAUGGCCUGACAACACUUGGGAUACCCUGUGGUGAGUAAAUCUGAGGUGCAGAAGCCUGAGACGAGAAUCACCUGUGUUCAUUCUACUCCAUUUGACACAGAGGACUCGCUGACCAGUAAUUUUCUCACAACUUUCCUCAAGGAGUGAAGCUGUAUUAGGGAUUCACUUAAAAAAGAAGAAACGGUGACUUUAAACUGCAGUGACUUUUUUUUCUUCAGAUUUUAACUUUUCGUCUACUUAUAUAUAGUUCAAAUCAGAAACCUACCAGAACUCCAAGCAGAAAAACUAAUGUCUUAUACAUCCAAACUUCCUGCAUCAUGGAACGAUGAUCCUCCUCCUCGGAAAGUGGAGAUUGACCUGAGUUCACCUGGAUUGGCAGUGUUUGAGUUGGAGAGACUCUUGUUUACCGGCAAAGCAAUCAUCAGCCAUGCAGAUGAAGUCUGGCCGAGGCUUUAUAUUGGCGACCAAGACAGUGCAGAGAACGGGCCUGACCUCUCCAUGCAUCGAAUCACUCACAUCCUGAACGCAGCUCACAGUAAACGCAGAGGACAGCCAACUAUCUAUGAGGGGAUGAGGAUAACUUACAUGGGCAUAGAGGCUCAUGACUCAUGCGAUUUUGACAUGAGUGUCAACUUCCAGGCGGCAGCAGACUUUAUCCACAGAGCACUCAGCAGAGGAGGCAAAGUGCUGGUGCAUUGUCAUGUAGGAGUGAGCCGCUCUGCCACAUUAGUCCUGGCUUACCUGAUGCUGAAGCAGGACCUGACUCUUGUGGAGGCGAUUUGUGCUGUGAAAGACAAACGGGGCGUGAUCCCUAAUCGAGGUUUCCUCCGACAGCUCAUCAAGCUGGAUGGGCAGCUCUUUGGCAAACAUCACUGAACCCUCUCCAAUGGCCUUAGCUUUUAUGGGUCCAGAACAUAGAAGACAUAAUAAAAAAAAAAAAAAAAAAAAAAAAGCUCAAGUACUGUAUAACCUUAAAUGUUAAAGAGAGGAGAUGUGAUUGCAUAUGUAAUUUUUAAAAACUUUUAGCACUACAGAUAUUGAUAUACUUAGAGUAUCUGUUCCUUUCCUGAGUCACAUUUUCAGUGUCAAGAACUUUAUGGAAAAGGUAUUUAUACCCUGUCAAUUUGUGCUUGUAACAUGGAUUAAAGUUUUACAUUAAAAAGA